CAACAAAAAGUAAAUUUCUAUGCUUAUAUAUUGUUUAAUUCUUUUGUGUUGCACAAGUUGAUUGAAUAUUUUAUUAAUAUUCUCCGGAAGCCGAUAAGAUGGAUUAAUUCAUACCGCCAUAUUGGAUUACUUUUGUGGGUGUCUCAUAGUUGAAGUUGACGGACGUAAAAUACUUGGCUGAUUUUAUUUAUUCAAGCUCAGUAUUUAGUGCAGUUCGUUUAAUGAUGCAUUUCAAGUAACAUCAAAUUUCCAGGGCGAGGAUUGAUUUGCUAGUUGGAGAUCCAAUCAUCCAAAAUGAUUGGAGGUUUGUUUGUGUAUAAUCACAAGGGGGAGGUGUUGAUAUCUCGAGUAUAUCGAGAUGAUAUUGGCAGAAAUGCAGUGGAUGCUUUUAGGGUCAAUGUGAUCCAUGCUCGCCAACAAGUUCGAUCUCCAGUUACAAAUAUUGCGAGAACUUCUUUUUUUCACAUUAAGCGUGCAAAUAUAUGGCUUGCUGCAGUUACUAAACAAAAUGUAAACGCUGCUAUGGUUUUCGAGUUUUUAUUGAAGAUCAUUGAAGUAAUGCAAAGUUACUUCGGCAAAAUCUCUGAAGAAAAUAUCAAGAAUAAUUUUGUUUUGAUUUAUGAACUUUUAGAUGAAAUACUUGACUUUGGUUAUCCACAAAACUCAGAUACUGGAGUUUUAAAAACUUUCAUUACUCAACAAGGUAUUAAAUCUGCUUCUAAAGAGGAGCAUGCACAAAUAACAUCUCAGGUAACUGGUCAAAUUGGAUGGCGUAGAGAAGGAAUUAAAUAUCGUAGAAAUGAAUUAUUCUUAGAUGUCUUGGAGUAUGUUAAUCUAUUAAUGAGCCCUCAAGGUCAGGUCCUCUCUGCUCAUGUAGCCGGAAAAGUUGUUAUGAAAUCCUACUUGUCUGGCAUGCCAGAAUGUAAAUUUGGAAUCAAUGAUAAAAUUGUAAUGGAAGCCAAGGGAAAAGGUGGUUUGUCCGGAAACAAUGACUCAGAUCCUGCACGGUCUGGUAAACCAGUUGUUGUCAUAGAUGACUGUCAAUUUCAUCAGUGUGUCAAGCUAUCUAAAUUUGAAACUGAACAUUCAAUUAGCUUCAUUCCACCUGAUGGAGAAUUUGAACUAAUGCGCUAUCGGACUACUAAAGAUAUAUCACUGCCAUUCCGAGUUAUUCCCUUAGUCCGAGAAGUUGGUCGCACUAAAAUGGAAGUGAAAGUGGUUUUGAAAAGCAAUUUUAAACCAUCACUUCUAGGACAAAAAAUUGAAGUAAAAAUUCCUACACCAUUGAAUACAUCUGGUGUGCAGUUGAUUUGCUUAAAAGGCAAAGCCAAAUACAAGGCAUCUGAAAAUGCUAUUGUAUGGAAAAUAAAACGAAUGGCUGGUAUGAAGGAAACUCAAUUGUCUGCUGAAAUUGAGUUAUUAGAAACCGAUACCAAAAAGAAAUGGACGCGCCCUCCAAUUUCAAUGAACUUUGAAGUUCCAUUUGCUCCAUCUGGUUUUAAAGUACGGUAUUUAAAAGUGUUCGAACCAAAACUGAAUUACUCAGAUCAUGAUGUCAUAAAAUGGGUUAGAUAUAUUGGCCGAAGUGGUUUGUAUGAAACUCGUUGUUAAAAUAUGAGGUUCGCAUCGAUUUAUGACAAAUGCAAUGUCCAAGAUUAAACCCAGAACUAGAACUGUACUAAAAAUUGCCAAUCAUCAAACAUGAUCUUCAUAUUGAUUUAUGAAUAUAUCAACCUUCAAAACAAUCUGUUUGAUAUAAAUUUGGCAAAUUAUUAAAAUGUUAAUGUUUUUAAUUUUUAAGAAUCUAUUAUACUUUGAAUUCUUGUAUGGAGAAGUAUUGUUAUAAGUAUGGAGUCUUAUUUGUAUUGGAUAUUAAGAAAUCUCACAGUAAUAUAAUAUUGUAUAAAGUAUGUAGAUACUUCAAAAAACUAAUAAUAUAUAAUUGUUAAAAAAUUUAAAUUUGUUCAUAGGUGCAUUAUUAAAAAUAUAAUUUAAUGAACUGUUGAUAAAUAUUCAAAGGCUUUGUCUAUCUUUUUUUAUUUGAAAUGACCAAAAGAUAUGUUUGCCAGAAUGUAUACCUAGGAACAUAGUUGUUCCUGCACAAAAAUUUGAAGUUGACUAUCACUUUAUUACCAGUUAAAUAAUUUUCAUAAAUUUAUUUGUUGUCCUGUAGCCCAUUAAUUAAAUA